ACUCACUUCCUGCUCAGGGCUUUGCAGCCACAGUGAGCCUAGGCUGGGGAGACUGGAAGGAUCAGAGGUCCAGGCAGGGCCCACGGCAGGACAAUGGCCAGUGGCGGCAGCGACCUCAGCACCAGGAUGUCUGUAGAAAACAAGCAUAUCUAUGACAUUGCUCUCUGCCACUUCAAAACACAGAAAGUCAAAAUUUCAAAUAUAAUAAAAGUAUCAUUUCCUUUCCUUGAACUUCUCCGUGACUAUGGAUUCAUCAGCAAUGAAAUAUAUGAAAAGUCUAAGGAAUCUUUUAAAACACCGGGUUCGGAACAGGAAGUCAUAAUUGAUGUUCUCAAUGAAGUGGAGAAGACAUUUAACCUGUCCCUUCUGGAAGCAUUGUUCAGCGAGGACAUCAUGGACACCUACCCUGGUUUAAAUGAUAUUUAUAAAACCUUCAAAAAAGUGAUACCAAACAUAGAACUGUUCCUAAAAAGUGAUGGAGAAGAAAAUGAGGAGAGGCCUGAUAUCCAACAGAUCCUUGAACAAGAGGUCGACAGUGAGGACUCCAGAGAAUCCAGUGAUGGAGAUGAGCCCCCCACAGCUUCCACCUCAGCAUUGAAAAGGAAAAUUGGUACUGUGGAUUUUGGAAACAACUCCAUUUCAGAAAAAGCCAAGAAGAGAAGAAGUAAGAGGGGAAAAAUGCACACAGAUGUGGAAGUGGAUUAUACGGCUGAAAUCCUUCCUGUGACCUGUGGGGAGAUGGUGGGCAUGUUAAUUAAGAGAAAAUUGAAACGAGGAGCCACGGUGAAGUGUAUAAGGAGAGAGGAUGGAAAUUGGUACACCCCCAGGGAAUUUGAAGUUGAAGGAGGCUAUGAAAAAUUAAGUAACUGGAAGAACAGUGUGUACUGCGCUGGGACACCCCUAAGAUUCCUGAAAGAGUAUCUACCUGAACUUCCAGGAAAAGGUGGCGUGAAGAAAAAGCUGGAAAAUGCAGAGAAAUGCAAGAUCUGUGGGGAUGAAGGAAAGCUCUUCAACUGCAGCUGGUGUUUCAGCUUCUUUCAUGAGGACUGUCACAUCCCACCUGUGGAAUAUAAGAGGAUCCAUUGGAAAUGUACAUUCUGCACAAUAGAAGUGUCUUCAAGAAGUCAGCAGUGUUACAGUGAAUCUGAAGUCCUGGCGAGACAGAUGGGGCCAGAAGAGAAGUUGAAAUGUGAAUUCCUACUCCUAAAGGUCUAUUACCAUUUAGAGAGCAACAUUUUUCCGAAUAUUCCACAUGAACAUUAUGUUCAAAAGGCUUCUCAAUGCCUAGAGACACUUAAGACCUUGGAUGAAGUCAAGAAGAGUUUAAUUGAGGGACGUUACCUCCAAGUGGAGGAGUUUGUGUUGGACAUGAAUCGCAUCUUUGAGGACCCCAGGCACAAUGACUCAGGCCUAACAGAGGAGGAAUUUAAGAAGAAUUUCCAAGACAUCUUUGCUAUCCAGAAAACAAAUCAGAACAGUUCACUGGUGUAGUGGAUGCUGCUGAUACCCUGGAAAAUCCUGCUUUCAGGCAGAUUUCUCAUCCCCCAGCUGCUAUGAGUGUUGGUUGCUGAUGCCACCUCUCCCCAAUGUAAUGCUUUGGGCCAAAUGGAGGCAGAGUCACUUGAAGGUUACAUUUCUUUGUGCUGGGGGUUCGUUCCCAGCACCAAGUCUGAACUAACCAUGUGAAGUGAUUCAUGUUCCUGUGCUAUGACCACAUCCUUGCUUAGCAGUUCUCACUGUGGUAUCCUGCUUCCCUUAUCCCUCCUCCUCAUGAGAGAAUUCUCACAAUAAAUCACUUAAUGAAGAAA